AUGCGCGUGUCUAUUUUACGAACGCUGAUUGGUUGGGCAUGUGUGACGUACCGACAGACACCAGUUUUCUUAUUAGGCGACCUGAAUGCUCGACAUCCCUAUCUUGGGUACACCACCACUAACCAAGUAGGGACAGACAUCGUAGACUACCUACGCCGACACACCGCAUGUCACAUUGGACCCCAUUUCCCCACCUUCUUCAACCAUCAAACUUCUUCCCCUGACAUCGCCCUGACUAAUAGAGCCAAUUUUCUCCACUGUUCCCUCUCAUCUGGCCCUCUUACGACUAGUGACCAUGUUCCUGUCAUCCUCGACAUCUCCACCUCCCCCAUUCUUAUUCCCAGCACCAAAACAUUUACCUUUCAUAGGACCGACUGGGACGCUUUCAAAGAGGACGACGCCCUACAGAUGACAGAGCUCCCUGACGUUAGUCAUGGUACCUUAGAGAAAACUGACGAUGCUUUAGAGACUUGGAUGACUACGCUGCUCAGAAUACAGUUUCGAGCACUGCGUGACAGAGCGAUGCUGAGAGGCUGGACUUAUGACGAUUACAGGCAGUACUCCCAGCUAAAGGUUGCACUACAGGAUUCACGACGGACAGAGGCUAGGGAACACUGGGGAAGGAGGCUGGCUGGCCUGGCUGCCAGCUCCCGUGAUCCCAGGAAGGAAGACUACGACGACGACUUUGACGAUAACGACCUAGUGCUGGACUACAUUUCCACUGUCGUGCAGAGGACCUACCCUUAUGACAACGCUGACCCUGACCGUCUCACUGAUUCAGCUCUUUUCCAGGCCAUUUUUAACGCGGCGCUCUCUGCCGGCUACUUUCCCGAUGGGUUCAAGCAAGCCGAGAUGAGGAUGAUACCCAAGGCCGGCAAGCCUCUCACACACCCUGAGAGCUACCGUCCCAUCUCCCUGCUUGAAGUAUCUGGGAAACUACUUGAGAGGAUUGUCACCUCACGGCUUCGCGUCCACCUAGAGGCCGGUAACCACCUGCAUCCAACACAGUACGGCUUCCGUAGUGGCAGAGGCACUGUACACGCCAUCGCUCUGGCCACCGAGACCAUGGGCAUACACCAAGCGGGUGGAUUCCGGUGUAACCUGGUCCUGCGUGACGUGAGUAAGGCGUUUGAUCGUGUCUGGCACCUGGGCUUGAAGUACAAGAUUCUUCACCUGGGCCUGCCUGCCCCAGUUGAGCGCCUGCUCUGUGACUUCUUGGAUGACAGGUCAGCCAGGGUCAGAGUCGGGAGUCACCUAGGCCCUGCCGUCUCCCUUGCCACGGGAGUCCCACAGGGCAGUGUAAUCUCGCCGAUGCUGUACAGCAUCUACACCAGCGACUGCCCUGUCUCAGACGCAGGAAUCAAUGUACUCUAUGCUGAUGAUGUUUCACAGGUUGUUUUCCACCCAGGCCGCUCCAGCAGGAUGCUGAACGCCCGCACUGGUAGAGAGAUCGCCCGAAUCAACGCCUUCGAGAGAGAAUGGAGGAUCAGGACCAACAUGGCCAAGUUCACCGUCAUCACCCUUGCUACCAAGACCCCCACCCCACUGCUAGUUGACGGAGAUGAUGUCGGGUUCAGGCCCAGAGGCUCAACUCUUGGGCUUGUCCGUCUCAUCCAUGGGGCCUUGAUACUGCCCAUUCUCACUUACCCUCCUGUUCCACUGCAUGCUCUCUCCAAAAUAGCCAUCAGCAGACUACAAAAAGUGCAGAACAGCGCCCUGAGGUUCGCCUUAGAUACCAGAUGGGACGACUUCACCACCACGGCAUCGCUACAUGAGGCCGCGUCCCUCCCAGCCCUCAAUGUCCGCCUCCACGAGAUGGCCGCCAAGAAACGAGGAACCACAACAACGAAGCAGCAUCCCAGUGUUGUCUCACCACUCCGGGGAUUUGCCAGGCCUGAUGACACCCCUGGUGACACCGACGGCAACCCCCCAGUGGCGUUCCUACUGUGUGAUCUUCCCCUCUCCAGCCUCACGCCCUGA